CCACGGAUAGAUGCUAUUUGGUCGACGCAUCCUUUUGAGUUUUGACUUUUGAGCAAAACAAGGGAUCUUCUAGCAAGAUGCAAUGGAAGUGUUGCGUCGUACUGCAGCGCGGAGGUACCCACAUGGCAGUGAAUGUUGGAGAAGACUUUUUGUGCUUCCGGCGUUCGGUCCCCGCAAGAAAGAAUUCAAAGUCGUCGCAUACUCGCAUGAUGGCUGGCAUCCACCGCAAGAAAAAGAAGCUGAGCUGGUUGGAUCUUGGAGCCCCGAGCGAAUAGUGCGCUCUUCAGGAGCAAGUUUUGCCUACUUCGUAGCUGCGAUUCAACUCCCUUGCUUUCUCCAGAUGUUCUCAAAGCAGUCUUUGUUCAGAUUGUGAUGCGUGGUUUACUGGCGGCUUCUCCAUCAAGCGGACCUGGGAGCGCUGAAGGAUAUUUGGUUGGCCCUCGUUCUUCAAGCUCAAGGAGAGAUCUAUGCACGCAUAGGGAAUGGCCGAGGUCAGCAUGGAAUGUCAAUAAAGAAGUAGGGAAAUUGGAAAGAUCACUGAGAUCUAUCUGUGCUGUUCUUAGAGAUGCUGAGAGUAAGCAGUCCAAUUCUCAUGCACUUCUCGAAUGGUUGGACAAUCUAAAAGAUGCAGUCUAUGACAUUGAUGAUGUUCUAGAUGACGUGGCCACUGAAGCUUUGAAGCAAGAAGUCCACAAAGGUUUAUUCACUCGAGCAGGACAUCUGCUUGCUUACCCAUUUACAUUGAGUCACAAAAUAAAACAAGUGCGUGAAAAGCUCGAUGAAAUAGGAGCCAAUAGAGAACAAUUUGGAUUAACUGAGAAGCCGUUUGAUAAACAGGCAUCCAGACGUACCAACAGGGAAACACAUUGCUUCAUCAGUGAGCCCAACAUUAUUGGAAGAGAUGGAGCUAAAAGUGAGAUAGUUGCAAAGAUUCUAACAGCUGCAGACUCUGCAGGUCCUUUGUCUGUCCUUCCUAUUGUUGGUUUAGGAGGCAUAGGCAAAACUGCAUUGGCCAAACUGAUUUACAACGAUGUGCAGAUUACUAACAAGUUUGAAAUGAAAUUAUGGGCAUGUGUCUCUGAUGUAUUUGAUCUUAACAAGAUCUUGGAUGACAUAAUACAAUCAUCUACUGGUGAAAGCCACAAACAAUUAAACCUGGACGUGCUACAGAGAAUAUUAUGUGAGCUUUUGCGGGAAAAGAGAUAUUUCCUUGUACUAGAUGAUAUGUGGAAUGAUAAGGCUAGUGACUGGGAAGAGUUGCGAAGCAUACUGUCUAGCAGUGGGAGGGGAAGUGUGAUUAUAGUCACCACACGGCGUUCAGAUGUUGCAUCAGUGGUGAAGACGAUGGAACCAUAUGAUGUGGCAAAGCUACCACUGGAUAUGUGCAUGCAAAUAUUUGUUCGACAUGCAUUCAAAGGUGAGGAACACAAGGAUCCCCAAUUGUUAAAAGUAGGAAAUUCCAUUGCUGAGAAAUGCUGUGGUAUUCCCUUAGCAGCAAAGACUUUGGGUUCCCUAUUGUCUAGUAGUCGAGACGUUGAAGAGUGGCAGAGUAUUGAGGAAGACAGAUUAUGGAAUGUUAAGCAAGACAAUGAAGAUAUCUUGCCAGCACUAAAAUUAAGUUACGAUGCACUUCCAUCACAUCUGCAAGCAUACUUUGCUUCCUUAUCCACUUUCCCAAAAGGCUACGAGCUUUUCACAGAUUCUCUUAUUAUGUUUUGGAUGGCAUUGGGGUUGUUGCAUAAAACUAGGGAAAUUAAGGAAACAAUAUCUACCGGAACGAAAUACUUGCAUGAACUUCUUGGAAGAUCUCUUUUUCAGGACCAGUAUGUUGUUUAUGAUGGAACCAUUCGAGCAUGUAGGAUGCAUGAUCUUAUUCAUGACCUUGCGAUAUUUGUAUCACAGAAGGAGCAUGCAAUUGUUAGCUCUGAAAAAGUUGACGUCUCUGAGAGAAUCAGGCACCUAGUGUGGGACUGUCAGGACUUCACAAAGGACAUAAAAUUUCCUAAGAAGCUGAAAAAGGCAUGCAAGGCUAGGACAUUUGCAAGUAGAUGCAACUAUGGUACUUUGAGUAAGGCCUUUCUUGAGGACCUUUUCACAACUUUCAAGCACCUACGUGUCUUGGUUUUUUCUUCAGUUGGGUUUGAAGAGCUACCGAGUUCAAUUGUCAAUUUGAGGCACCUAAGGUACCUGGACCUACAAUGGAACAAAAAACUCAAAUACCUGCCAAAUAAUUUAUGUAAAUUGGUAAAUCUACAAACAGUUAAUCUCGGUAGGUGCAACCAACUGUUGGAGAUACCAAGAGAUGUGCAUGGACUUGUCAACCUUACAUGGUUUGCCCUGACCUCAAAGCAGAAAUAUUUGCUGAAAGAUGGGUUUUGCGGUUGGUCUUCCUUGACAUUUCUACAGUUAAGCUACUGUCCUAGGUUAACGUCUUUAACAAAUGGAUUCGGCAGCCUCACUGCCCUUCUAGAGUUACGGAUAUCCAAUUGUCCAGAGCUGGCUUCUCUUCCCUCUACCACAAGGCAUCUAUCUAAUCUCCAGAAGUUAUCGAUUAACAAUUGUGCAGUGUUGGAUUUAAUGGAACCAGGGGAGGCAUUGACUGGGCUGAGGAGUAUUCGUUGGCUCCAACUUGCUGGGCUUCCAAAGUUGAUGGGUUUUCCAGAGAGCUUCAAAGCAGCUGCAUCCUCCCUUCAAUAUCUUGCAAUUGUAAACUGCAAAGGAAUGGAGAAGUUACCGAGUUUCAUCCAAGAUUUUAGUUCCCUUAGGAAAAUUGUGCUUCAUAGCUGCCCUUCAUUGAGCAGCAGAUGUGCUGUGGGAACCGGUGAGGAUUAUCAUCUCAUCCGUCAUGUCCCUUCCAUAUUAUGUUGAUUGAGACUCUUACAAACUAGUCUUCAGAGAGACAGUUACAAAACUUGUUAAGGUGAUCAGAAGGCCGGAGUGUGAGGACUCUUCCCACUACGAUGAAGCAGGUCUCUGGGCUCCAAAAGUUGGUUAUUAAUAAUUGCAAAGAGCUUGACCUGAUUGAACCAGAGGAAGCCUUGAGCUAUAGGCAAACCCGUGCCACAUAGGCAAAAUCAAGUGGAGAUCCCGCUUAAGGUCUAAAUUGGUCCAGUAUGAAGGAAAGACUAAAUUGAGCCAUAGUUUUGGUAAGGGUGUGGAAUGGACAAAGUAAAUAGGUGAGGGAAGUAAAACGGAUUUCUUCCUUUUUCUUUGAUAAAGUUGGGCUCUGGACUUGAUGUCGCCAUUUGACCGGCGCGUAGGAAAGUGUAGAGAAUGACUUUGACCAAGUCGUAGCUUUUUGUGUGGUUCUGAUUUUUAUUUUUUUCUUAUAACUAUAUCUAAUUUUUUACUUUGGAGGAGUUUUUGCAUGGUUGAUACGAGUAUGGGUUUUCCA